CUCAACUUGAAACACUUGAGAAUUAAGUUAGAAUAAAAAAAGAAACGUGAAUUAAAAAAAAUAACGUAAACAUUCAAAUUUUAUUCUAAAUUCGAAUUUCAAAAUAAGAAUUGUAGUUCUGUGUUCGUGAUUUAAAAAAAAUAUAUUUAAAUAUGAAAGUGUUUGAAUGUGUGAGUGCUACUAAAAUGGCGCCAACAGAAAGUACUGAAGUUUUCACAAUUAGUACGGCUUCAAAUGAAACUUUAAAUGGAAAAGUGACUAUGAGAAGAGAUGUGGAGUCACAGUCGUCGUCAAAAACUAGUUUCUGCACACGACAUGGCUUGUGGUGGACAUUUGGGGUUGAUAUUCCUUUACUUUUAAUCUUACUUGCUCUGAUCGGCCUCUUCGAGUUGGGAGUGAUCCCGAACCACAAAGCAGGCUUCUACUGCAACGACCCAGCGCUCAACUUUCCUUUCAACGGAGACACAGUUACCACUGAGAUCCUCAUGUCUACUUUACUAGCUGGACCUUUAGUAUUUUUCGCGAUCACAGAAUACAUCUUCGUCUACGUCGACUACUCCGAGUCCAGGAUACGACAGACAUGCAUAAACACCUUCUACUUGUACAGAACCUACAUCUACGGGCUCAUCAUUAACCUUAGUAUAGUUGAGGUGAUGAAAGGAAUUGUAGGCAGCCCUAGACCUACCUUCUUCGAUUUGUGCGAACCUGAUGCUGGGAAGACUUGCAAUGGUACUGAAUAUGUGAAAGACUUCCAAUGCACAUCAACGAAGUACGCGAGCUGGUAUCAAAUGGACUCCUACAGGAGCUUCCCAUCAGGUCACACCUCUCUAUCCGUCUACUGUGGACUCUUUCUUGCGUGGUACCUCCAACGCCGUGCCUUCGACUGGUCUCAUCGCUCCAUAUUCAUGGUACCAAUGCUGCAGCUGCUCUGCAUCUCCUACGCUGCCGUCUGCUCCCUCACGAGGAUCACAGAUCACAGGCAUCACUGGUGGGACGUCCUCGUCGGCACCGUCAUUGGUGUUGCUACUGUUCUUUAUGCUGUCAUUAUCAGCUCAAACUUCUCACACGAUCAUUCAAAGAUCAGUGAUCUGAAGUCACAGGAGAGCACACAAACUGUGAGGACCCUACUAUAUGACGAGAGAAGACCGGCAACAGUGUCCUAGUGUUAUCAUAGCAAAAGACUGGUUUCAAAUUGAAUAGACCAAUAUGGUCUUUUUAAAAUCUUGUCCGAAAGGACCGAGGUGUAGACCUUUAGUUAUUAGGAACGAAUUUAUUUAUAAUAAAGGCCAGCUUAGCCUUUCGAAGAAUAAAUACAUAUCCUUGCAUAAGUAGGUAGAAUUUGGUCCUAAUAUCCUUCUAGUAAAACGGUUUUGGAACUUAGGACUACGUUUGGAAGUUGUGAUGUGGAGAAUUGGUUAAAUAUUCUCGAGUAGGUAUUGGUUCGAUCUCGAUCGACAUUUUAAUUAAAAUGACGAAAGAAAUUCGAAAUACAACAAACUUGACAUCACAUUAGAUAUAUGUAUAUGACAAAUAAGCUAAACAAAUUGAAAGGAAUAACGACUAAAUAUAUUAAAUAACAGAAAAAGAUCUUUAAAAUGACAAAUAAAAAUUACGACAUUCAUUUGUUGCAAUUACAUUUUUUACCCAAAGUAAUAUAAUAUGUAUAAAAAAAUAUGUAGCAAUUUUAUAUUCAGGCAAGAAAUAGCAAUAGAAA